AUGAAUAGAGCAAAUUUUGGAUUAAUUAAAUUAGUCACUUAUAUACCAAAUGUUGGUGAACAAAGUAAAAGGUUAGGUGCAUUAUUAGAAAAUAGUAUUAUAGAUUUAUGUUCAGCUGAUAAAAGCAUACCAAAUGAUAUGCGUUCAUUUUUAUCUUUAAAUUCAACUGAUAAAUGGUCAAAAGUUAUAAAUGUAAUUAAUAAUAUUAAUAAUAGAAGAAUACCAAUUGAAAAUUGUAAAAUUAAAGCACCAAUUGAACCAGGUAAGAUUAUUUGUAUUGGUUUAAAUUAUAAAGAGCAUGCAAAUGAAGCAAAGAUGGCAAUUCCGAAAGAACCAAUUGUAUUCUCAAAGUUUGACAAUGCAAUUUGUGGUCCAAACGACUCAAUCAUUAAACCAGUCGAAAGUGAUGAAGUAGACUAUGAGGUUGAAUUAGUGGUGGUGAUUGGUAAACAAGCAAAGAACGUAUCAGAAUCUGAUGCAUUACAAUAUGUUGCAGGCUAUACCGUUGGUAAUGAUGUAUCCGCUAGAGAUUGGCAACUACGUAAGAAUAACUCACAAUGGUUACUUGGUAAGACUUUUGAUACAUUCGCCCCAAUUGGUCCAUCAAUAGUUAUCAAUCCUGAAGUCGCUGCAUUAUCUGAUGAUACUUAUUUCGACCCGAAUAAUCUCUCAAUCAAAUGUACUCUCAAUGGUCAAGUAGUUCAAAAUUCUACAACCAAAGAAUUCAUUUUCAAUAUUCAAACUGUAGUUUCUUAUCUUUCAAAAUUAUUCACUUUAAAUCCUGGUGAUAUCAUUUUCACUGGUACCCCUUCAGGUGUUGGUUUCAUUAGAAAACCUAAUCCAAUCUUUUUAAAGAGUGGUGAUGUUAUCAAAUGUGAAAUUGAAGAAUUAGGUUCUUUAGUUAAUAAUGUAAAAUAA